AUGCCUCACAGCCAUCACUCGCACUCUGGUCAGUUUUGCAAGCACGCAUCGGGCACAUUAGAAGAGGUGGUUCUCGCCGCGAUCGAGCGCGGGUUCGAGGUGUACGGCCUGACCGAGCAUGUUCCCCGCUAUAGAGCGGAGGAUCUCUACCCGGAAGAAGAAAGCAUGGCUCCCGAUGGCCUGUUGGACCAAUUUGACGCUUUUGUGGAGGAGGCACAUCGGCUCAAACGGGCCUACGCAGACAAGAUCAGCCUGCUGGUCGGACUCGAGACAGAGCACAUCACCUCUGAUGAUCUGGACCGCCUUGACGCCCUGCUCGAGCGAUAUGGCCCCCGUAUCGAGUACAUCGUUGGUUCGGUGCACCACGUCAAUGCAAUUCCGAUCGAUUUCGACAAGGAAAUGUAUCAGCGAGCUGCUUUGUCCUGCUCGAGCGAGGAUCGGCUCUCAGAACAUGAGCGGCUGGAUUUGUUCUUCGAGGCGUACUUUGAUGCACAGUACAAGGUUCUCGAGCGAUUUCUGCCAGCCAUCGUGGGCCAUGUGGACCUCUGCAGACUGUAUACUCCAGACCUGUCGUUGAAAGCCUACCCAAAAGGCUGGAAUGGACUCGAGCGAAACGUCAAAUUUGCGGUCAAUCAUGGGCUUCUGUUCGAGGCCAAUGCAGCUGCGUUUCGAAAAGGUUGGAAGACGGGGUAUCCAAGCUGGGAAGUCCUGAUCAAGCAAUACGGCGGGCGAUUUGCACUGUCGGACGACAGCCACAAGCCUGAGGCCGUGGGCCUCAACUACGCCCGCCUUCACGACUACCUACAGGCAGCAGGCGUCACGGAGCUAUGGCACCUCCGAGAGAUCCAGGCCGACCCGGACUCUACGGCGGGCCAAGUCGCCGAGGAAACUGCCUCUAAUGGACAACGGCUUCGCCGGCGCCUGGUCAAACCCGCCAAGAUGGCCGGCGACUGGCGGCAGCAUGGCUUUUGGGCGACUAUGGGAGCGUAA